AUGCAGGAGAGGUAUCAGGAGCUGCAGGAACGAUAUUCGGUUGUGCUACUGGACUUAUUGAGAUGCGAGCCAGAGAAGUUCAUUGACCAUGCUAGAAGAAAUGCUGGUUCAAACAAUCCGUGGAAUUGGCCCAUGGUUGGCAAGUCAAAGACGAAGACGACUAUUAUGAAAGCGUCGAUCGCAGUACAAGAUUGA